AUGGCCGGACAGGAACUUGUCCUGCAAUUCUAUCGUUGGGAGGCAGGGAUCCAGAUACUAGGGCAGUCUGCAUGGCCCGUAGAGGUUCUCACCGACGAACGGCGACCGAUAUUCAAACACUUUCUCCCGAACGAAGAAAAGAUUCAAGCCAAGUUCCGGGCCUUGCAGCUGGACAGCAACACUAUGGCUCACCUCAUCGGCUUUACGGCGAGUUGUGCCACUCUCAACCUCCGCGAGCCUCUUCAUCAGGCUCAUCAUAUCUCGACACCAAUGACCAAAGAAUAUCAAGUCGUCCACCCGCAAUACCUCAUGCUUAUCGCUCAUCCACGCAUAAAUGCCCAGGUGGUGGAGAGAAUCAACGUGACGGUGCAGAGCCGGCUAGCACGAGCUGACGAUUGGGUGUCGCUGAGGCCGCGGAAAUCGAUAUUCUUUAUGGCGUGA